CCAGCUCAAACAGCGACCACACCGGUGGACGACAAAAAGGUGAAAAGUAGCGGUUACUGGAAAGUUUGACCGAUUCCAGGUCUUCGAUGUAGCAGCGGUCAAGCUAAGAUAAGGCGUUGGAAUUUCAGAUGAGAUGCAUGUGUGUGGAUGUGAGGAUGCUGUAAAUGUGUUUUUAAACACCUGGGCCAUGAGCCAGCUGAGCAUCUAGCACACAGUUCACAGCUCGCACACCACCACCCGGCAAAACCAAGCAGAAACGGUGCCCGUACUGUUCUGCUCGCCCGACCGAGCAGAGGUGAGCAGGGCCUGAUGCGUUCUCCCAAGCAACCGGCGAAGCUCGCCAUGCUUUUACUGUUGGCACUGCUGCUGCUUUGUAACGGAGUUGGCAACGUCCAUUGCGCAAGGAUCCACGAGAGCAGCGUCGAUCUGCACGCGCUGCUAGACUUCAAGCAGGGCAUCAACAAUCCUCAGGAAGCCUUGAGUAGCUGGAACAUCACAACCCAUUUCUGCCACUGGCAUGGUGUCAACUGCACCACGGCACCACCGUUCCGCGUCUCGUCGCUUAAGCUCACUGAUUUGGACUUAGCAGGCCAAAUCAGCUCCUCUCUUGGAAACUUAACCUUCCUUGGAACGCUUGACCUUUCUUAUAAUACCUUCGUUGGUCCCUUACCUGUCCUUGGCCAUCUCCAACAACUCCAGACACUUUCUCUGAACAACAACAGGUUAAAUGGGAUGAUUCCUGAUUCACUUACCAACUGUUCCAGCUUGGACACUUUAGAUCUCUCUGUUAACUCGCUAGUGGGUCCAAUUCCUCCGAAUCUAGACUUUCUUUCAAACCUCACUUACUUAGAUCUCUCUAGUAACAUGCUAGAGGGUCAAAUUCCGCCGAAACUAGUUUCCCUAUCAAAGCUGGACACAUUAGAUCUCUCUAGUAACAUGCUAGUGGGUCAAAUCCCUCCAAAUCUGGAUUUGCUUUCAUCUCUGACUUACUUAAGUCUCUCUAGUAACAUGCUAGUGGGUCAAAUUCCUUCGAAACUAGAUUCUUUAUCAAAGCUGGCCACAUUUGAUCUCUCCAAGAACAGGCUAGUGGGUCAAAUUCCUCCGAAACUAGAUUCUUUAUCCAUGCUGGACACAUUAGAUCUCUCCCAUAACAUGCUAGUGGGUCAAAUUCCACCGAAGUUAGGCUUUCUUUCAGAAUUACGGUACAUCGAUUUUAGAUCAAACAAACUCGAGGGCAACAUUCCUAAUGAGCUUGGGCAAUUGCUAAGUUUACAAGUCUUGCUCCUGGGAGACAAUUAUCUUUCAGGUGAAUUCCCACAUUCCAUCUUGAAUAAUUCUACUUCUCUUCAAUAUCUAAGCUUGGAGAUUAAUUUGCUAGGCAAGGCAUUGCCACCUAAUAUAGGUGACCUUCGGGGUCUCAUAGAGCUUACCAUGAGUGGCAACAUUUUUGAAGGGCACAUCCCAGCUUCCCUGGGCAACGCCACAGGAUUAGAAGUGAUAGAUUUAUCAGCUAAUAAUUUUACUGGGCAAAUUCCUAACAUCUUCGGAAAGCUUCCAAAUCUAACUAAUCUAAACCUUCAGCAUAACCAUCUUGAAACAAAGGACUGGGAAUUCUUCAAUGCAUUGACGAACUGUCGUUCUCUAAAAUCACUCGGACUGGCUUACAACCAGCUGCAGGGAUCUAUACCGCACUCUGUCGGUAACCUAUCCAACAAACUAGAAAAACUUCACUUCACGAAAAAUAGCUUAUUAGAACAAGUACCCCAGAGCAUAGGAAACCUUAGUGCAUUAAAUCAACUGGCACUAGGUAGAAACAACUUAAGUGGCACAAUAGAAGGAUGGCUUGGAAACCUAAAUGGCCUUCAACUUUUAAAUCUCCGCUCAAACCGCUUCAUCGGCCAAAUCCCACCCUCUAUUAGCAAUCUUACUCGGUUGUUAAAUCUUUAUCUUGAUGAUAAUGAAUUUGAGGGCGUCAUACCGCCCAGCUUGGCAAACCUCCCACUCUUAGUGCUAGUACUUAGCUCUAACAAUCUUGAAGGCCUCAUACCACCCAACAUAGGAAGCCUCCAACAGCUUACAGUUUUAAAUUUUAGCCACAAUAAUCUCCAAGGUGAGAUACCUCAGAUUAGCGCCCUUAAACAACUCACUACUUUAGAUCUUUCUUCAAAUAAGGUCACAGGGCAUAUUCCAGAUUCUUUGGGCCAAUGUUCCGGCUUAGUGAGUCUACAAAUGGACCAAAACUUUCUGUCAGGAAACAUCCCAACAACUUUUGGGAAACUGUUGUCUCUGAGUAUGCUAAAUCUUUCACACAACAACUUGUCAGGCGCCAUCCCGUUAGCUCUAAGCAAACUAGAGUACCUCGUCAAUCUUGACCUUUCAUAUAAUGAUCUUGAAGGAGAAUUACCAAGGAAUGGAGUAUUUGGAAAUGCUACAGCUGUUUCAGUUGAGGGUAAUUGCGGGCUUUGUGGAGGUGCGGUGGGUCUUCACAUGCCCAUGUGUCGUGUUGUUUCUUGGAGGUCAGAGGCACAAUACUAUUUAGUCAGAGCACUGAUUCCAUUAUUUGGAUUCACGUCAGUUGUAAUGCUAACUUACAUUAUAUUCUUUGGGAAGAAGACAUCAAGAAGAACAUACUCAAUUUUGCUUUCUUUUGGCAAGAAAUUUCCUAGAGUUGCUUACAAUGAUCUAGCUCGAGCUACAGGGAAUUUCUCUGAGUUAAACGUUGUUGGAAGAGGAAGUUAUGGUUCCGUGUACAGAGGAAAGUUAACUCAAGCUAAAAUACAGGUGGCUAUUAAGGUUUUUGACCUUGAUAUGAAAUGUGCAGACAAAAGUUUUGUAACGGAAUGCGAGGUUCUGAGUAGAAUUCGGCACCGGAACCUUGUACCUAUCCUCACUGCAUGUUUGACAAUAGACAAUAAUGGUGAUGCUUUCAAAGCUCUAAUUUACGAAUUCAUGCCUAACGGGAAUUUGGACACAUGGCUGCAUAAUAUAUAUUCCGGCAGUUCAUCGAAAUGUUUGAGCUUAGCUCAAAGAGCAAGCAUAGCUACCAAUAUAGCCGAUGCAUUGGCUUAUUUACACAACGAUUGUGAAAGGCAGAUUGUACAUUGUGAUCUGAAGCCAACUAAUAUCCUUCUUGACGAUGAUAUGAAUGCUUAUUUGGGAGACUUCGGCAUUGCAAGCCUCAUCGGACAUUCAAGCUUAGUCACCUCAAGUGGGCUGAAGGGAACAAUAGGGUACAUAGCUCCAGAGUAUGCUCAAAGUGGCCAUGCAUCAAUCCGUGGGGAUGUUUAUAGUUUUGGAAUAGUACUCCUGGAGAUGCUCAUUGGCAAAAGACCAACAGACCCUAUGUUUGAGAACGAACUCAACAUGGUCAACUUUGUGGAGAGGAACUAUCCAGAUAAGAUACUAGAUAUUAUUGAUGUGUGCUUGCGUGGGGAAUGCAAGGGCUAUAUCCAAGCGAACAUUGGAACAGAAAAUGUGACAUAUGGAUGCUUGUUAUCACUCAUGCAAGUUGCUCUUUCCUGUACAUGUCAGAUCCCAGGGGAACGCAUGAAUAUAAGAGAAGCAACCAAUAAGUUGCAUUCAAUUAGAACAUCGUACAUUAGAGCAACCAAGUGAGAGCAAGUCAUGCUUCACUAGAGUGGUUUACAAUGGGUCAUGAUUUCAUGUUUGAGUUUA